UCCCGGGGGCGCAGCGGGUCCCGGCGGGCGGGGCCGAGGCGGGGGAGCCGGCCGGGCCGGGCCGGGCCGGGCCGGGCGGAGGUGCUGAUGGAGGUGGGCGGCCUUCCUGUGGAGCUGUGGCAGCUCAUCCUGUCCCACCUGUGCCUCCCUGACCUGGGCCGCUGCAGCCUGGUCUGCCGGGGCUGGCAGGAGCUGGUCCUCAGCCUGGACAGGACGCGCUGGCGGCAGCUCUGCCUGGGCUGCCUGCAGCACCGACACCCCAACUGGCCCAACCAGCCGGGCCUGGAGCCGCCCUCCUGGAGAGAGGCCUUCAGGCAGCACUACCUGGCCUCCAAGACCUGGACCAAGAGCACGCAGGACCUGGAGGCCUCCCGCUGCCUCUCCCUCUUCCGCCGCAGGAAGGGCCGGCGGCGGCUCCGCGUGGGCGCGGGGGCCGACUUUGGGAGCCUGCGGGCCGCCCUGGCCGCCGCCGGGCCCUACGACCGCCUCGUGCUGCUGCCCGGCCUGCACGAGGAGCCGGGCGAGCUGCUGCUGAGGGUGCCCGUGGAGCUGGUGGGGCAGGGCCGGCUGGGGGACGUGGUGCUGCUGGCCACCAUCGAGCAGCACUGCCCCAGCGCCCGCCUCUGCAACCUGGUGCUGAUGCCGCCCCGCCUUACCUCCCUGCUCUACAAGACAGCCUCAGGCUACGUCCAGUUUGACAACUGCAACUUCGAAAGUGGGCAGCUGCAGAUCCAGGCGCCAGGGACCUGCCAGGUGAAGUUCUGCUCCUUCAGCCAGUCCAGCAUCCACCUGCGCAGUGUGGCCCUGUGCAUCCUGGAGAACUGUGAGUUCACGGGCAGCGAGAAUGCCUCUGUGACUGUGGAGGGCUGCCCGAGCCCGGACCGCAGCUGGGCCUGCAGGCACCUGGCCGUGCUGGCCAAGUCCUGCGUGGCACCCACGCCGGAGCCCGGCCCCGUAUUCCGGGGGAAUCCCCGGGGGGAGUCGCCACUGGGGCCGCUGAGCUCCUGCCCAGUCGUCGUGGGGGAAGACCGAAGCAGCUUCCUCUCUGCUGCGGGUGCUCUGGCCAUGUGCGGGUCGGUGCAGGGGGACACGGAACCUGGAGAGAACCUGAGGGCAGUGAAGGAGCAGGAGUGCCCAGCGCCCCACCCCAGCUCCGGCGGCAGCAACUCGGGCAGCAGCGAGGAGGAGGAGGAUGCACAGGCUGCCCCCGGGCUGCCCUGCCAGGCGCUGCAAGGCGGCAGGCUGCAUGCCCUGCAGAGGGACCUUCAGCUCAAGUCUCUGCAGCAGGAGCUGCAGCAGGACAAGGACGCCCAGUCUUUGGCCAACUCCCUGCAAGGCUGCAUCAUCCGACAGUGCCUUUUCAGGGACGGGAAGGGAGGAAUUUUCAUUUAUUCAGGAGGGCAAGCAAAAUUGGAAGGAAAUGUCUUCAAGGAUCUGACCUACGCAGUGCGCUGCAUACAGAACAGUAAGGUCAUCAUGAUGAGGAAUGACAUCCACCACUGCAAAGCAUCAGGGAUAUUCCUGCGCCUGUCAGCAGGAGGCCUGAUUGCAGACAACAACAUCCAUUCAAACUGUGAGGCCGGGGUGGACAUCCGUAAGGGAGCCAACCCCCUUGUCCUGUGCAAUAAGAUACACAGUGGCCUUCGCUCAGGCAUUGUCGUCGUUGGCAACGGAAGAGGCAUCAUCCGUAGCAAUCAGAUCUAUGGGAACAAAGAAGCUGGCAUUUAUAUUCUGUAUAAUGGAAACCCUGCUGUGAGUGGGAACCAUAUUUUCCAGGGACUGGCUGCUGGAAUAGCAGUGAAUGAGAACGGAAGAGGCCAAAUCACAGGGAAUGUCAUCUGCGAGAACCAGUGGGGUGGAGCAGACAUCCGCCAUGGCGGGGACCCCAUCCUGAGGAACAACCUCAUCUCCUGCGGCUACUCAGAUGGUGUGGUGGUGGGUGAGCACGGGAAGGGCCUCAUCGAGGGGAACACCAUCUGUGGCAACAAGGGCUGUGGCGUGUGGAUGAUGUCCUCCAGCCUCCCUCACCUCAUCAACAACCAGAUCAGCCACAACAGCAUCUACGGGGUAGCGGUCUUCAGCCACAAGGACGACACCAGUGACCAUCCCCCUGACCAGGGCAGCAGCGAGAGCUUCCAGGAGGAGAGGGAAGGGGCUGGUGGGGAGAACGACCCUGAGAGCGAGGAGGAGUACCCAGCUGCCCGGCACCCCAUCAGCGUGGCACUGGUGGAGUUGAACAGCAUCAACCACAAUGGAGCUGCCGGGUUGCACGUCAGGAGCAGCGAGGCGCUGAACGUGGUGGCCAACGUGAUCCAUGGGAACGGCGAGGGGGGCGUGUGGGUGCUGCAGAGCAGCCAGCUGACCCGCCUGGCCCACAACAGCAUCUCCAGCAACGGCCGCGGCGGUGUCCUGGUGGGCGCCGAGUGCCGGGUGGAGCUGCGCGGCAACGGCAUCUACCAGAAUAGCAGCCACGGCGUGGUCUGCAGCGGCCAGGGCCUCAUCAUCGAGAACGACAUCGUUGGCAACCGGCGCUGUGGCCUCCAGCUGCUGCCAGCCGCCAGCGUCACGGUGACCAAGAACAGGAUCCAGUCCUUUCGGGACUAUGGCAUUGCUCUCUUUGAUGAAGCCAAAGGCCUGGUGAAGGAAAACCUCAUUUUCCAAGGGAGAUCCAAGAAAUCCAUUUUGCGACCAAUGUCCAGUGCAGGCGAUUGCAUCAUCCAAAACAACGUGCUUCUCACCUUCAGGAAAAGGUCUGACAUGGGGUGCAUGUUGAGCAACCCCCCAGCACGGCCACAGCCUCCAGGAGGAGCCACGGGCACCCGCGCAGCUGCCCCAGGGCAGGGGGUUUCCAGCAUAACCCGCAGGGGGGACAGGGGCUGCCACAACCAUGGCAGCAUCUUCUGCACCAUCCUCUGACCAGAGAGCAGGGUCGAUCUUUUCUCCAGAGCUGCCACCGGGAAGCUCUCACAGCUCAGGGAGGGGGAACCCCCAUUGGACUCAACUCCCUUUUUCGUGAAGGAUUUUGCAGCGUCAGUGUCACCUCACUAAAUAAAAAAUAUCUGGUCA